AUGGCAAGCGCUACUCAAUAUGGCCUUAUUAUUUUGGGUAAUUCGGGUGUUGGUAAAAGUUUUUUGGCCAACGUAAUCACUGAGGGUGAUAUUUUUGGUCACCAAUUCAAGGCCACGUCGGUGACACAUACCACAGAGUCGGCCGACGUCACAAUUGGUUCUCAUACUUUCACUAUUUUUGACAUUCCUGGCUUGAUUGAAGCCAAACAGGAACGUAUCGAUUUGAACAAACAAGAAAUUGACAAAGCGUUUACACAUCGACCCAAUUCGAUUAUCAUAUUCGUAUUUGGUCAACAGAAUGGGCGAAUUCGUGGACAAGAUAUUGUAGCUUUUGAUGCCAUCAAUGCAGCCUAUUCAUUUCGGCCUGAAUCACUUAUACUUGUCGUGAAUGGUAUUCCUAAAAGUCGUCCAGAUGAUUAUGAAGAAACAACCGUGACUCUACUUCAAAACCUUCUCAGAAGUGUGAACGUCACCAAUAAUAAUUUAUGUUUUACAGACUUUAUCAAUGUAAAUGAUACUGGGGAAAAACGAAUAUUGAAAAAUCGACUGUUGCCCAUCGUGACAAAAUUUGCACCAAAGAUACAUCACAAGAAACAAGACAUUCAAACAAUCGUUAGUGAACUGAAAAAAAGUGAAAAUGAAAUUCAAAUUCAGCAAGCCAAACUGGAAGCCGAGCGAGAGAAACACAGACAGCAAGUGGAAGCCCAGAAACGCAUUGUGGCACAACAAAUCGCUGAACAACAAAGAAGAGCACAAGAACUGCAAGACAAACAACGACAACAAGAAGCACAACGUGCUGCAGAAGCGAAUCGUAGAGCAAUAGAACGUGCACAACAAGAAGCAGAAUUACAAAGAUUACGCAUAAAUCGCAUUACUUGUCUACAAUCAACAAGUCAAAAUAAAUGUGGAUAUAUUCCUGAAUAUCUUCGUCAAAAUGCUCAAAAAUUCAUUCGAUUACAAUCAUUAACAAUUACAAUAAAUUCUCAACAAACAAAUAUUAUUUAUCGAAUUCUUCGUAAACUUCCUUCGUUGGAAUAUUUAUCGAUAACAUGUAAUAUUCAAGCAACUUUAUUAAAAAAUAUACUUAGUAUAUCUACUCUUCGUAUAUUUCAAUUACAUAUCAAAGAAUUCUUAUGGAAUAUUAUAAAUCCUUUACAUGUAAACAGUAAUAUUGAAAUAUUUUAUAUUCAUUUUUUAUAUGUAAUUGAUUAUCGAUUGGUAAAUUGUUUAUUGGCUAGUAUGUCAAAAUUAAAACAAUUGGAUAUUUCAAGUAAUCAUGAUUUAUGUAUUAGUUUGAAUAGAAAAUUUAAUGAUAUCAUAUUCAAUCUUGUACAACUUCGAACUAUUAAAUUUCAAGGAUCUGAACAUAUUUUAUGUAUUUUUUUAAAACAAUUACAAACAAAAAUACAUAAUCUACAACGUCUUCAUUUGAAUAUUAAAUGUCGAUUUUUUAAUGAAGAUUUUUUUCGAAAUUUAAUCUUUUAUUGGUAUCCAAUUUGGAAUAAAAUUGAAAAAGUUUAUUUUCGUGCUGAAGGAUAUAUUUUAAGUAAUGAUUCAAAACAAACAAAUCAAUAUAAAAAAAUAUUAACUAUACAAAAUAAAGAAUUAAAUAAUUGUUUCAAAAUUCAAUGGAUACAACCCAAUUAUCAAAUUAGUUUAAAUACUAUAUUAAUUAUUUCAAAAUAA